CCCAAACCCAGGGUUUCUGGGUACUGAGAACAAAGGCAACUGCCAAUCUUGUGAAUUUGGGGGAACAGCUGUGCAUCUGAGACCUGUCUCCAACUGUUUCUGCGGGUUCCCCUGCUUGUGCCACCUGGGGCCCAGAGCCUCCCACUUAAAGAUGUCAGGCCCCUCCCAAGGUGCAGCCCCUGGCUUCUGCAACCCCAACCACAGGCUUCCGCUCCUGGUCCUGCGCUGCCCUGCCAGGCAUUUGCUCCCCAAGCCUUCCUCUCUCCGCCUCGCCGCCAUGGCAGCCUCCAGGCUGCACCCCCUGGGACCCCGUCGUGACCAGCUCAUCUUUCAGCUGCUGGCCUGCUGUCUGCUGCCCAUAGGAGACCCGGUGCAGGGGUCCCUGAUGCGGGUGGAGCCCAGGGACCCAGUGCUUCUUGCUGGAAGGACCUUGGUAGUGAACUGCAGCAUGGAGUGUCCCCAACCUGAACUCCUCUUCCUGGAGACAUCCUUCCUCAAGGUACCCGCAGGCCAUGGUGUGGGCUGGGCAGCCUUCCAGCUCAGCAACGUCACUGCCAACAGCCAGGUCUUUUGCUCGGGAUACUGUAAUGGCUCUCAGCUGACAGCGGCCUCUGCAAUCACUGUGUUCUGGUUCCCAGAGACCGUGGAGCUGGCUCCCCUGCCCCCCUGGCAUCCAGUGGGCCAGAACCUCACCCUGAGCUGCCUGGUGACUGGUGGGGAGCCCCGGGCCCAGCUCACCUUGGUGCUGCUCCGCGGGGAGGAGGAGCUGAGCCGGCAGCCUGUGCUGGGGGAGCCGGCAGUGGUCACAGCCACGGUGCUGGCCAGCAGAAGCGAUCAUGGUGCCAAUUUCUCCUGUGCCACGGAACUGGACCUGCGGCCACACGGGCUAGGGCUGUUCCAGAACACCUCGGCCCCCAGGCGGCUCCGAGUCUUCGCCCUGCCAGGGAGGCCCCUGCGCCUGGAGGCCCCGCGGAUCUUGGAGGUGGGGUCGUCCAGGCAGGUGCAGUGCAUCCUGCAUGGGCUCUUCCCGGUGUCUGAGGCCCAGGUCCACAUGAUGCUGGGGGGCCAGAGGCUGGAUACCACAGUCACAAGCUCUGGGGACACGCUCACAGCCACGGCCACAGCUCACACCCACCUGGAAGGUUCCAGGGAGAUCGUCUGCAAUGUGACCCUGGGAGGCCAAAGUCGCCAGGCCCAGAAGAACUUGACUGUUUACCGCUUUCUAGGACCCGUUCUGAACCUGAGUGAGGCUGUGGUCGCCGAGAGGUCCACAGUGACUGUGACUUGCACAGCCGGACGCCAAACCCAGGUCAUGCUGGAUGGGGCUCCGGUCCCACCUCUGGGGCAACCCGCCCAGCUUCAGCUGCAUGCCACUGAGCGCGAUGAUGGACGCCACUUCUUCUGUAGUGGCACUCUUGAGGUGGACGGGGUUGUUUUGCAUAAGAACGCAACUGUCCGGCUAUCUGUCCUGUAUGGCCCCAAGAUUGACCGGGACAAAUGUCCCCAACACUUGGUGUGGAAGGAGAAGACUACCCAGGUUUUGCGGUGCCAGGCCGGAGGUAAUCCGGUCCCUAGGCUGCAGUGUUUGCAGGAGGACUCUGGGAAUGUGGUGCUCAUCGGGAUUCCAUUCAUCGUCGGGCUAAAUUAUAGUGGCGUCUACUGUUGCCAGGCAACGAGUCCAAUGGGCUCUGCUACCUUGCCAGUGGAGAUUGACGUUCGAGAACGCAAUCCCGCGUCCGUCGGCAUUGUCUUAGGGGUGCUAGCAAUCCUAGCGGUGGUGAUUAUCACGAUGGCCUUAAUAUAUGUCUUCGGAUCGAAAACACGGAGGGGCAGCUACUCCGUGGCAAGGCGAAGCACCUCCAUACCCCUCACGGCGAGGACGCCUCAAGAGACAGAGGCAGACGAAGUGCCUUGAGCGGCCGGACGCCGGGAUCCGGGGUCAAGGACGGGGAAGGGACUUUGGCUCCAGUUCCCCACCAAUAAAACCCUUCAAACUUC